UCAGGUGUAGACAGUGGACGGAAGCAGUUGGGUUUUUUUUGCUGGAACGUCGGAACGUUGGCCUGCGGUUGGAGAUUACUGGCACAAGCAGAAGAAGAAGAAGAGUGAGGUCCUGGAUCAUUCAAGUGUCUUCCAGUGUGUGUGAGUGAGUGUGGCAGUGCAAAAUUUUCCUGUGCAAGAGUGAAACAUAAUUUCAAAAGUCAAAAUCCCAACAUUAAAGCACACCUCAAAUGAGCAAGUUUAGUUUGGGUCCCAAAGUGAGAUAAUGGAAGCCCGCAGCGUUUCCCUGAAAAGUGUGUGAAAAUUCCCGUCGCCGACCCUGGCGUGAACCACUUGAACUUUGCAUCCCAUGAGGUGCAGGAAGCAAAAGAAGAAGAACACAUCGAAAUAGCGACUUUUCCACACCUUUUCGGAAACGGCGACACCUAAAGAAGCAACUCAACAAAAAAAAAAAGAGAAAAAUUUUCGCACAAAAUACCUCGGUGAGAGCGAGAAAAAUCGGGAAAAAUUACCUCCAGAAUCAAGCGCAACAUCUUCAGAAUGGCCCCAGGCCAUUACUUCUGGGCAAUAUUCUACUUUGCCUGUCUGUGCAGCGCGUCACUAGCUAACAACGCCAAGGUAAACUUCCGCGAGAAGGAGAAGAAGAUCCUCGAUCAGAUCCUCGGUGCCGGUAAAUAUGACGCCCGAAUCCGACCGUCGGGCAUCAACGGAACAGACCUCGAGGCUACACAAGUGUUCGUCAACAUGUUCCUUAGAUCGAUCUCGAAAAUCGACGAUUACAAAAUGGAGUACAGCGUGCAGCUAACAUUCCGAGAGCAGUGGCUGGACGAGCGACUCAAGUUCGACGAUAUCGGAGGCCGCCUCAAGUACCUGACGUUGACCGAGGCGAACCGCGUCUGGAUGCCGGAUCUGUUCUUCUCGAACGAAAAGGAGGGCCACUUCCACAACAUCAUCAUGCCGAACGUGUACAUCCGCAUCUUCCCGUACGGGUCCGUCCUGUACAGUAUACGAAUCUCGCUGACGUUGGCCUGCCCGAUGAACCUGAAGCUGUACCCCCUGGAUCGGCAGGUCUGCUCGCUCCGGAUGGCUAGCUACGGUUGGACCACCGCCGAUUUGGUGUUCCUGUGGAAGGAGGGCGACCCGGUACAGGUGGUAAAGAACUUACACCUACCACGCUUCACGCUGGAGAAGUUCCUCACGGAUUACUGCAACAGCAAGACGAACACUGGUGAAUACAGUUGCUUGAAGGUGGACCUGCUGUUCAAGCGCGAGUUCUCGUACUACCUGAUCCAGAUCUACAUUCCAUGCUGCAUGUUGGUCAUCGUGUCCUGGGUGUCGUUCUGGCUGGAUCAGGGUGCCGUACCGGCCCGGGUAUCGCUCGGGGUUACCACACUGCUGACCAUGGCCACGCAAACAUCCGGUAUCAACGCGUCUCUGCCGCCGGUGUCGUACACCAAGGCCAUCGACGUGUGGACUGGCGUCUGUUUGACGUUCGUGUUUGGGGCACUGCUAGAGUUCGCCCUGGUCAACUAUGCUUCCCGUUCAGCGGACCGGGCUGCAGAUAUGCACCGGGAGAACAUGAAGAAGAAGCGGCGCGAGCUGGAGCAGGCCAGCCUGGACGCGGCGUCCGACCUGCUCGACACGGACAGCAACGCCACCUUUGCGAUGAAGCCCCUGGUGCGCCACCCGGGCGAUCCAUUGGCGCUUGAAAAGUUACGACAGUGCGAGGUGCAUAUGCAGGCCCCGAAGCGGCCCAACUGCUGCCGAAGUUGGCUGGCCAAGUUCCCCACCAGCCCAUUAAAGAAGGUUCCAUGCUUCGGACGGGGAAAAUGCUCCCGGUCGAAACGCAUCGACGUCAUCUCCCGGAUAACGUUCCCGCUCGUGUUUGCCCUGUUCAAUCUGGUCUACUGGAGCACCUACCUCUUCCGGGAAGAGGAGGAGGAGUAGACGCUGCCGGCGGUGGAACGCACCGGAGCGGCAGUGCUGCCAGACGGCGACGACGACGACGCGGGCAGGAUCAGCAGACACAUUUAUUAUGAUAUUAUUGAAGGAACAUCAAAUAUGAGAAACUAUGUAGUCAUAACGUUAGUAGUGCUAGGGAUAGUGCGAGAGAGGCGAAGCAAAAUCCAUCAGUGAAAUUCAUUUUGAAGUAGUUUGUACGAAAAAUCAAGAAAGGGGUAGCAAAAAAAAAAAGUUUUAACACAGUAUAACACACUAUGCAAAUUACAGCGUAACCAGACGUUAAAAAAUAAUCUGUUGUCGAACCCACACAAGAAAAAUACUGCUCAACAAAUUAACAAAACACAACCACACACAUAUGAGAAAUAAUCAAACCGAAACUUUUUUAAAAACAAUAACAACCAAUCACAGAUCUCAUGCUCAAUCAGACACACACACAUCUCUAGAUUAUCUCGCACUUUCAUCUUCUGCUGAACUUUUAUCCGCCAAACGAAUAGCAAAUCAUCGGACAUUCUCGAAUUAUGUGUCUAUGUCACUGUGGAAAAACAAACAAAUGUGCGUGUUUACAACAUACACACACACAUACAAUCACUCACUCUUAUACGAAUACGCAAAAACAAAUCAGAUUUAAAAAAGGAAGCUUACGUAGUAAGCCGUGGUUGAUGAGUUACGUAAUUAAAAAAAUGCAUAGCAAACAGUACAAUUUUUGUUUACCAAGCAAAAAAAAAGAAUACAGUCAAACAAUAGCCAAAGCAAGCCAAGAAAAAGUAAUAAACAAGCACACACACACACACACACACACACAUAUUAUAAUUGUCUAUACUGGUAAUCGUUCUACACUGUACGAAAUUGCACACACAUAGAAAAAUAAAACACAUGCAAGCCCUAAGUUGAACACACGGAAUGGGUGGAAAAGUGUACCUUACUGUUUGAAUUAUAUAACAAUAUUAAUUUCUACAAAUUUUUGAUUUUUCAACAUCCAAAAAUCAAAAAGUAAACAAUUCUGUACAAUUUUCAAUCAUAAGAAGUUGCCGGUCGCAAAGAAUACGAUUUUCGAAGUUUCUCUUUUUUUUUUCACUGAAAAACGCUUGAAGUAAAACAAAAAUGAAUGAAUUUGAAAUGGUGAUUUUAUCAUUAUCAAGGCAUGUCGUCUAACAUGCCAUGACAUGAUAUGAGCGACACGUUUUCUAACUUUUAAAAAACUAUAUUUUUGAGGUUUGCUAAAAAAUUGUUGUGAUAAGGCCAAUUCUCUGACAUUUUUUUCACAUUGAAUUUCCGAUGGUUUGAAAUUGAUAAGAUCAACAACCUCUUUACACGAAGCUCUCACCCACCACCAAACGUUUGUUUUGAUAGUGUGAGUGAGAUCCAUGCAAGGUAUGUAGAUUUGUUAGGUAAGGCGGGUUUUCAAGCUGUCAAAAUAGUUAGUUAGCACAAAAAACGGAUUUUAUAUGGAGAUUUUCAGAAAAGUGAGAAUUUGACAAAUUUGCGGGCAAAUUUCACCGGAUUUUUUUCUGUGGGGUUGUUUGGCAUGCCAAACUGAACAGAAAUACGCUUUUAAAACACAUUUUUUUUAAAUCAACUAAACGCUUUUUUCGGUUCAGUUUUGCAUGCUAAACAACCCCACAGAAAAAAAAAUCAGGUGAAAUUUGCCCGGAAAAUGGUAUUUUGACAGCUGGGAAUUCCCGCCUUACCUAAUCUAAUCUACAUACCUUGAGCUAAAUGUAAAAAGUGACAGUUGGUUACUUUUAAGUUUGACUUUAUCAAACUGUCAGGAUACACACUGAAAAGAGUCAAACGAAAAGUGUCCAGUCACCGGAGAUUAGGUGCAGUAUCUGAAGCAACUUGCAUACAAGUUAAGCAAGCAGGAAUAUUUCUCCGGUUAGUUUACAAUACGUCGUAACAGCCAUAGCGCCCUUCGACACUUAGGUAUUUGAUUUUUUUUUCUCUAAUACAAAUCAAAUUUUCGUCGUUUUUUCAGUAAAGAGUAUUGAGAGGACGUGCAGAUGAACAACUAAACGCAUUUUUAAAUUUGAUAAUUCGUAAAUUGAACGAGAUCCGAUCGAAAAUCGGGUUUGUUCACAGUUUGGGCCCAGGAUCUUUUUGAAACUAGCUCGAGAUAAUUUUUUUUAGAAUCACAUUUGUCUCUCCAAAGAUUCUCAAAAUUUCAAAAUGCGCUGUCAGUGGUUGUAAAUAAGAACCAUUUGAAACUUAUUUUGUGAGCCUUAAAAGUGUUAACUAACAAGUUAUCGUACCCAAUAAAUCAACAAAUAACAAAAUUACAAUGAGUGAUAAAACAAAACUUUCAUUUGAUGAUUCCUGCACCAAAAUAUCAGAGGGUGCAGCGACCGUCACGAGCUGUCGAAUCGCAACAUAGAGUUAAACUUCCUAUGCGGUUGCUGUGAAGCUUACCAAGGCUUUUCAAAAAGGUUAACUCCAUGUUGCACCACACCACUUUUAAUUUCUCGACAGUUUUGGAGUUCUCUUCUUUAAUUUCGUGAUUGCCAGCAAGAGCAUUCUCUUUCUAUCACUCCUUCUCUUUUCCUCGCUCACUCACACUCGCCAAAUACUGUCCGCUUCUCUCGAAGGAACACGCCGCGCGGCCUUUCAGAAUGUGCCGCAAACAUUGUUGUCAGCGAUUUUCUGCACUUUCUGCAUUUUCUGCACGACAAAAACACGUAGUAUGGGAUUUGACAGCGCGCAUUUGCAAAAGUGCGGCACGUCGUUUCGAGGUUGAUUUGCCGCGUGUCAUUUUGGGGAAACCGCGCAAUAUUCUUUUGUUUACUCAGGAAACCGCAAUAAAAGAAUGCGAAACGGGGAAUGUGAACUAACCACGGAUUACGUCCCGUUAAACUGUGUUGGCAAAUUUCGUUUUGUGGCGGCUUUUAUGGCUACGCUCUGGUAAGGGUAGAUGAUUGAAUUGUAAAAAAUUUAAUUAAGUUUGAAACAUGAAAAAUUUUGCAAUCACUUUUUUCUUAUCUAGAAAAAAGGUCAAUUUUGGAGCUGUUUUUCAGCAAGAGCAAAAACUAAUUUUUAUUGUGGCGAUUUAACAAAAAAAAUACAAGAUUUCCCGGAAACAUCAAAAAUAAGUUGAAAAUCAAUAAGCGGUUGUAAAAUUGAAUUUUAUAUGGCCAAGUUCUUUUCUGAAAUUUGAAGAACUACGCCGAUUCCGAGAUAAAUCCACAAUUGUUGUUGUUGUUUAUUCAUUUAUUUCUGGCAGCUUUAACCUUCUUGGUAACCAUAAUACAUUUAUUGAUUAUGUUAGGUUUAACAAACAAAUUAGUAUGAAGUCUUAUAUGGCAGAACCAAUUAUGAAAAAUAGCUUUUUUAGUCACAGUAAAGCCUCAACAAAGUUAAAGUCAAAUCAAAAAAUAAAGGAAAAUAAAUCCACUGAAAAAAAAAUUAAAAAAUUCUACCGCACAGCAAAAAAACGACAAAAUUGCAUGCAAAAGCACAUUUGAGUGACUUGACGUUUGCAUGGAAAAUCUUCAAAAAAUGUUCAAUUCAAUCAGAACAGCUAUUUUCUGAUAAGGCUAACUUUCUUCGGGAAAGUUUUAGCAAAUAUUCUCAAUUUAAACGACAGUCUUCAAUUUUAAGAAUAUUAUAAAAAAAAAUAAACAAAUAACAAAAAAGUUGGUUUUCCAUACAAAUUCCCAACAACAUAUUUGAAAUGCUUUGCGGAAGGCCAGAUCUGCUCUGACCGCUCUAAAAUUUUUGGAAGUUGUUUUGAGGAUUGUGACCGGAAAAUGGCUAAUCUGUAUUUCGAGCCAACCCUUAUUCAUUAGUCUCUCCAACUUUACUUCAUGUUGUGAAGUCGAUUUUUUUCAAAAAAUAGAGACAUUAAUAUUUGGAUCAGAAUAUUCAAAUAAGAUACAAAUUUCUUGAUCUCUGGGACACGACAAAUAGGUGUUUCGAUGUAUAUUUGAAGAGUUUUCGAGACUGAGGGUAAAGUGAGGCACAUUUAUCGUGUUGUAUUUUGCUGCUUGGAUCGUGAUUUUCACUACUACUACUUACUACUUUGCUACUGAAUGUCAUGUACUGGUACACCGGGAGUUUAAAAGAAUUAUAAUUUGGUUCAUGUAAUUGGUUGAAAUUAAACACAACGGAAACGUCAUGUGGCAGAAUAUCAAUACCAAACUGUUCAUUUUCAAUACAGACAGAAUACAUUAUGCAAUUUCUUUUAAACCAUUCAAAAACACCAAGAAUUACUGAUAAUUAUUUCAGCAAAUCAUUUCUUCCAUAAGCAUACAAGUAAAGGUACACUAACGACAUAAACUGCUUGUUCAACAACUUUUUUUCAAAUGCAUCAAGCUUCCGAUAUCCCAUAGAUUUCCCCCUAGAAUGAAAAUUCAUUUCUAACCAAAGUCAUCAAGUAGGCCAACUGUGUUUCAACGAAAUAUCGGAUUCAAUGCAACCUUACACUACCGUCUUACAACAACUCUCUAACGCUGGCAAAUGAUGUUUGGCGCGUGUGUCAUCAAUUUUAUACUGCAAAUCAGAAUAAAAAACCUAAAAUUCUCACACACACUAACUCUAAGCAUCUGUGGAUGAUCAGCUAGAUCGUGUAUGAUUUGUAUUACAAGUUUAGCUAACAAAAAAAUAAAGAAUAAUAACAUAAAAAUGUUUAAAAUACAGGGUUACAAACGCGUUAAAAGUGCAAGUGAAACGUUGUAAAAAUAGAGCAGAGACAGGUGAUGGUAUAAAUAAUAUGAAAACAUUGAGUAGUGUUACAGUUUGAGCAUUACCGUACUCAACAGAGAAAAAAAAACGUCACGAAGGUGCUGAGAAAGAAUCUUUCCCCUCAACAAUCGUUUUGUUUUGAAUGCAUUUAAACCUCCGGAUUGCCACGCGUUGUGGCGAAAUUUUUAUACAAACUAGCGUUUUCAAGCGACAGAGAAAAAACAACGUAUUUUCACUCACAGAUUGCUUUUCUUUUUAAUGCCAGUUUUUGAAAAAAAUGGUGCAAUCAUUUAUCGAAGAAAAAAAACAAGCAGUAGGCUGUGAGCAACUUCUGGUUGGACACUUGAAACAUUUUGAAGGUUAUGUUUAAUUGGGUUAAAUUUCACGGCGGAAACUAAACUAAAGAUGCUGCCAAUCAAAUUUAGAGAUGAUUUUCUAAAAUAAAAUAUAACGUUUUCUGCUACAAAUUUGGUUUGGUUAAGUCCCCGAGUAUCAACUCAGCAGUUUAGGUAAAUGUUGUGAGUGUAAAUUAAAAAUGAGAAUUUAGCCCGGGAAAAUACUCAACCAACAUCCUCCCAAAGGUUAGACCUAAAUCGAUAACCAUAUUAUUUGGUAGUGAAUGUUGAUACCGUUAAAAUCAUACGAUCAAUCAACAAAACAAAAGAAAAAACAGUAUAUCAUUGUGAGAAUAUGCGCUAGGAAAUACCAAUCAAUCAGUUGUUUACUGUACAUUUUUUAUUAAACCAACUUAAAGGCAAAACGAUACACGAAAGAAUUUUAUUACACGUUAUCACUAAAAGGAAGAGAAAAUAAUGGGAAGAAACUUAUGGUCUAGCCAAAGCAUGGUAAACACAAUUACAGCUGUAAAUUUUUUACACGCUAAGAUUUGUCUUUCUUUUUCCUAAAACUAAAACAUGAAAACUGUGUAUAAGUUACAUAAAUUAGGUUUAAGAAUUAUUGUUUCGAGAGAAUGUAAGGAAGAAAAAAAUAAAUUAUAUACAAAAUACUCGUUUAAA